CCCACAAGGCCUCGCCGCGACCAGGCCCGCCCGUCCCGAGCCGAGUCCGGCUGCGCGCCCCGCCGCAAGCAUGAGCGCCCCCGCCGCGCCCCCCAUCUUCGCCCCCGGCGAGAACUGCAGCCCCGCGUGGCAGGCGGCGCCCGCGGCCUACGACGCGGCGGACACGCAGCUGCAGAUCCUCGGCAAGCCGGUGAUGGAGCGCUGGGAGACCCCCUACAUGCACGCGCUGGCGGCUGCCGCCACCUCCAAAGGGGGCCGAGUGCUGGAGGUGGGCUUCGGCAUGGCCAUCGCAGCUUCCAAGGUGCAGGAGGCCCCCAUUGAGGAGCACUGGAUCAUCGAGUGCAAUGACGGCGUCUUCCAGCGGCUCCUGGACUGGGCCCAGCGGCAGCCACACAAGGUGGUUCCCUUGAAAGGCCUGUGGGAGGACGUGGCACCUGCCCUGCCAGAUGGCCACUUUGAUGGAAUCCUGUAUGACACCUACCCGCUCUCUGAGGAGACCUGGCACACACACCAGUUCAAGUUCAUCAGGGACCAUGCCUUUCGCUUGUUGAAGCCCGGGGGCCUCCUGACCUACUGCAACCUCACCUCCUGGGGGGAGCUGAUGAAGGCCCGGUACUCCGACAUCAACGCCAUGUUUGAGGAGACGCAGGUGCCCGCCUUGCUGGAGGCGGGCUUCAGGCGGGAGAACAUCGGUGUGGAGCUGGUGGAGCUGGCCCCGCCGGCCGAGUGCCGCUACUAUGCCUUCCCGCAGAUGAUCGCACCCCUGGUCCGCAAGCACUGAGCCUGCCGGGCCUCGGGCUCAGCCUUCGGGGGGUUUCAGUCCUGUCCCGGUGCCCCCACUCAGUGCCUUCACAGCCAGAAGUGCAGGCUCUGGGCUCUAGGUCCUGGGUUCGAGUCCAGACACACCAGCAGUGGGACAAGCUUGCCUGAGCUUCCCUGUACGUGUCCUCAAGGACCC